AUGCCUCGCCCUUGUAAAAAUACAAAACAUACUGCAAUUACUAGAAAUACGCCUCAACCUACUAUUAAUGAAACUUCUUCAACAACAUCUACUGCACCUUCAAUUACAAUACCUUCAGUUACAAUUACUGAUAAUUCCAAGGUAGAUGUACUAAGUGAUAUAGAAAAAAAUGAUUUAAAUGAGCUAGUUGAUAAAAACACGGCAAACUUCUCAAAUAAACAUAGGAAGCUUAGUAACGGAAAAAAAACUGUGGAAUGUAAUCAUCAAGAAGUUGAUAACGUCCUAGUUCAUAAACCCUUAGAAAUUAGUGAUGACGAUGAUAGUGAUACAAUUGAUGCUACAAUCCAACCAGCAUCUCCUACUCAACAGUCUCAACUCGCCACAUUAUUUAUCAAUGAAUCAAAGGUCUUUUUUCUCCAUAUACGUAAACCAACACCAGAGUUGAUUCUAUCAUUAGCUAGAGAAUGUGCAAGAUAUCUUGGGAUUACUGAAUCAUUAAAAGCUGGUGAUAUAAAGAAAAAGGGUUACAGAUGGUUUUCAACCUGAAGAGUACGAUUGUAUGACCAAUGUGCUGUAAUGGCCUUCAAAUUUUUAGACUGUUACAGUAUAACUAUGAAUGAUCUUUCAAAUUCGUCUCACCUUCGUAACUUUGUAAGUACAGAUGAUAUUGCUGACAUCUUUGAGGCACAAUUGAAGCAAAUCAAAAAGGACCAAUUGUUUGAAGAUCGCUCUUCU